AACAGUAUGUAGGAUUGUGGCCAAAACUGGUAUUGCAAUCACAAAACUUGUGGCUAAAACUGGUACUGCAAUCUCACAACUGGUGGCCAAUACACAAAAUGACAACAUAAACAUCAGUUGAGGGCUGCAACUCCACUUUUUAAAUGACAAUAUCCUGGCCAGACCACUGUUGUCAGUGAUAUAAGUAUUUGGAAUGAAAAGGAUUUCUUAAUGUCUAGUGACAUAUCAGGGCCAUUUUAUGAUUAAUUGAUAUACAUUUCUUACAUACUGUUCCUUUAAAUUUGAUGUGGAGGUUACCACUAAUUCAUGCUGUGAUUCAUUUUAACAAUCAAUCUGUAAAGCUAUAAAUGCCGUGGUGACCCCCGUGUGCUGCUGCUGGAGGAUUACGACAAUCGCGUGGAUUUAUUUGUGGGUCGCGUACCAGUUUACAAAUAAAACAAUUGGAUGCAGUCUCAUUAAUAUGCGGAACAGCAUUGAUGAGGUGCUUGCAUUGACUAUUUCUGAUUAAAAACGGGCGUGUAGAGGUCAGGACAUGAGGCUGCUUCACGUGGCCUACGCACACUUGCAGGUGAUCUUUGAUUUUUAAAGAGAACAUUGCGCAAGGUUUUAUAAGUCUGAAUAUUACGACAUUUUUGGCUUUUGGGCAUGUGAGUUUAGUAUACUUUUUACAGUAUUAUAAAUGACACCCCUAUUUGUUAAAAUGUGUCAGCUUUGAUUUAUAGUCCUGUUGACAUAUCAUUAAACCACUCCCAGGUCUCAUAUCAGAUAUUCAUAUUAACAGACAACUGCACCUGUGGACAGACACCUUUAUAAAGAGGUCCUCUUAGAUUAAGAGUGAAUCACAAGCAUCAGGAGAGAUUUAAAAUGCGGAUUGUUGCAAGGGUCUGUGUUUUAGUUUUCUGUCUCACAGUUUACUCUCUAGUGUAUAUAUCAUUUUUUAGACAUCAGGACCGGUCUAAAGAUAAGAUACAAAGACCAGAAGAUCUGGGAGUCCUUACAAGACUGAAGAGAAUAGAAGAUCAAGUUUAUAAAAUAGUCCAAUCCAUAGAGGUUAAAAAUGAACAAUUAAAAGAAUCUCAUGUGGAGCAGAAAACAACAAUGAAAGUUAAGAAGUUGUAUCCAGAAUCACAACUCUUCAGUUCGUGGGGAAAUGAACUUUCAGAGGAAGAACAGACACAAGCAGAAAAGCUCUUUCAGGAUUAUGGAUACAAUGUGUUCUUGAGUAACAGAUUACCAGUCAACCGAACAAUCCCUGACACUCGAGAUCACAGGUGUGCUGGGAAGAUCUACCCGAAGGACUUACCUACCAUCAGUGUGGUUUUGGUUUAUUUUAAUGAGGCUCUGUCAAUCAUACAGAGGGCUAUCUGCAGCAUCAUUGACAGAACACCUUCUCAUCUACUAAAGGACAUCAUCUUGGUUGAUGACUACAGCUCCAAUGUUGAUCUGCAGUUGGCUCUGGAUGAAUAUAUUGAUCAAAUUAAUAAAGAUAAGCCUGGUUUACUUAAGAAGGUGAGACACACAAGGCAGAUGGGUCUUGCGAAGGCGAGAAUCUCAGGCUGGGAGGCGGCAACAGGCCAAGUGGUAGCCAUUUUGGAUGCCCACAUUGAGGUUCAUAAGCAAUGGGCAGAGCCGCUCCUUGCAAGAAUCAAAGCAGACAGGACAAUAGUGUUGUCGCCAGUGUUUGAUAAGGUACAAUUUGACACCCUGGAUGUUGUUCACUAUCUGCCAUUGGCUCAAGCGUUUGACUGGGCCCUUUGGUGCAUGUAUGAGUCCUUCCUGCCAGAAUGGGUUAAUCUUACUGACCCAUCAGAACCUGGAAAGAGUCCCUCUGUAAUGGGUAUCCUUGUCGCCGAUCGUCAAUUCUUGGGAGAAAUUGGUGUUUUGGAUGAAGGAAUGGAGAUUUAUGGGGGAGAGAAUGUUGAACUAGGAAUACGUGUCUGGCUUUGUGGUGGGAGUAUUGAAGUGGUGCCGUGUUCCAAGAUAGCGCACAUAGAAAGAGCACAUAAGCCGUAUUCACGAGAUCUCAGACCGCACAUGAUGCGAAAUGCCCUGAGGGUGGCUGAAAUAUGGAUGGAUGAAUAUAAAUCAAAUGUGAAUAUUGCCUGGAAUCUACCAUUGAAGGAUCAUGGGAUUGACAUUGGAGAUGUGACAGAGAGAAAAAAGUUACGAGAGAAUCUCAAAUGUAAACCAUUUAAAUGGUACCUGGAAAAUGUUUAUCCACAGCUGGACACCUGGGAGAAUGUAUUGGGUUAUGGUGCGUUAAAAAACGACAUAAAAGAAGACCUCUGCAUUGAUCAAGGACCUGUACCUGGAAGUGUACCAAUUUUUUAUACCUGUCAUUAUUAUGAACCUCAGCAUUGUUACUACAGACGUAAUGGGGAAAUUUAUGUUGGAGGCAUCAAAUCUCACAUUUACAAUUCUAACCGAUGUCUAUUGGAUUCUGGCUCUGGAAACAAGCCAACAUUACUUGACUGUAAACAAGCCAAAGAGAAAGGACUUCACAUACAGUGGAGCUUUACCCAGGGCCAAGAAAUAAGAAAUAAAAAUACAAACCGAUGUCUUGAGACUGCACAAGGAGAAGAUUCAUACUACUAUCUUAUUAUGCAAAAAUGCACAGGUCAAAAUUGGAAAAUACAACAUGUUGUCAAAGAAUUUUAAUAAACAGAAUUUGAAACAUACAGUGUCAGAAGAAAUGGUCAAAUGGUCCCAAGCUGUCACCCUUUAAAAAGGUCUUAAUAUGAACCAUUUAGAUACAUCUGGUACGAAUAUGCACCUUUGAGGUACUAAUAUAAGCUUUUUAGGUGUAAAGGUGAAUUUUUUUUGUGACUUUUAUUAACGGUGUAUGGGCCAAGUGAAAAAACAUUUUUACUCUUAUUCAUUUAACCUUUUUGUAUUUUUCCUCUGCUUUAAGUUAAACCAUAUCUUGGUACUUUGCAGAACAUUUUAUUCAUUCAUCUGUUAACUCUUGCUGUAUAGAUCUUAAAAGUACAGCAUGUCUGGCUUCAUAAACUUUGGAGGUUUGCAAACACCAAAUCUCUGUAAUUUUACUGUUUACAUAAAAACACUUGUUGUCUCUGUUUUGUAUGAAUACAUUUGAUUGUGUACAUUUGUUUGUGCUUUAAUACAUUUGUUUGUCUAGCAUUAA